UGAACAUAACCCAAAUGCUACCACCGACCUCAGCUUUGCUGCAAUCUACACUCUCCACGACGGGGAUUUAACCUCCUCGCGAAACUUCUCCUUCCCUUUCAAUUCCAGUUACAGCCAUUAUGACCUGCCACUGCACAGUGAAGAUGACGUGACCAAAACUCGCACCUUCUUUGUGGCCAAGAUAGUGAUCGGGGUGGCUCUGGUUGGCACCAUGCUGGUCUGUGGCAUCGGCAAAUUCAUCUUCAUCGCUGCUCUCGCCCGCUACAAGAAGCUGCGAAACCUCACCAACCUGCUGGUUGCCAACCUGCCCAUCUCGGACUUCAUUGUGGCCAUUGUGUGCUGCCCCUUCGAGAUGGACUAUUACGUGGUGUGGCAGCUCUCCUGGGAGCACGGCCACGUCCUCUGUGCCUCAGCCAACUACCCACGGACUGUCUCCCUCUAGGUUUCUACCAACGCUCUCCUGGCUAUAGCUGCUGACAGGGAAGGGGGGGUGCCGCCACUGCACAAGCAGAUGGACGGAGCUUCU